CAAUGCAAUGAGUGUCUAUUUGAGUCGUUGCAAGCAUGCAAGUGUUAACAGGGAAACAGGGAAGGUAAUGUUAUCCAUCAAAUAUCGUUAUUCAGACCUGUCCAAAUGUGAUCCUGUUUUGCCAGCUUUUUCAAGAAUUUGCCCACUCAGUGAUGUCUCGCCUCGUCAAGAAGUCCCCGUCUCUAUGUACGGAUUUACCGCUCGAAAACGCCGAUAUUUGCAACAAACUUAAUUUGCUCAAACAGCUUCUAAGAUCGUGUUUUGGCCCGACAGCUAGACUAAAGCAUGUUCAUAACAACAUCGGAGGGCAGGUUGUAACCACCUCAUCCUCCUCUGUUCUCCUUCCGGCCAUUUCCUCCUCGCAACCAUUCAUCAACCUGAUAAAAACCUCCAUUCUCAAUCACGUCUCUCGCUUCAGUGACUGUGGACUGUUUGCAGGCAUCUUCUGUUUGGCUGUUAUCGAUCAGGCAAAGCAGUCAGGUCUCAGAGCAAACGUGGCUAUCAGAGUGAACAAGCACUUGCUGGCUCUGUGCAUAAGCUACUUACAACGAGAAGACUGUGGCUGCAAAGUGAAGCUGGACUUCUGCAGCAGCCAGAACUUGAUCACACUGGCUCGCAGUAUCAUCUCCAGCAAACCAGCAUGUGUGCUAACCGAUCCAGAGACACUUCACAUCAGCAAGCUGGCUGUGCAAGCUUUUUUGCUGACUAUUCCCUGUAACAGCCCAGGUACAGUCAGCCUGGGUAAAACAGUGACUGUCCCUGUUGAAGGCCAUUCUGUGUUAAACUCUGCAGUGUUUCCAGGUUUACUCAUGGACAUGCCCGACGGACUCAGUAACUUAGACAAUGUUUCAAACCCACUGCGUAUGGUGCUGUUCAGCGUCUCUCUUGCUGGGGAUCUUUGUGAAUUAGGAGACGGGAGGAUUGAGGUGCACCCAGGUGUAGACACAGACUCGCAGAUCCUGGAUCAACUUCUGGAGGCUGGCAAACAGGUGGUUAAAGAUGAGGUGAAGUUCUUUGUAUGCCAGAGGGUCAUCCACCCAGUUUUACAGCAAUACCUGAGGAGUCACGGUGUCGUAGUGGUGGAGAGAGUCGGGAUCACCCUCAUGGAGCCACUCAUUCAGCUAACAGGUGCUCAACCUGUGGCCACCUUCCACACCACAAUCCCAUCCAAGGCCUACGGGAAGGUGAAGGAUCUAAGCAUCAGGCAGGUGGGAUCCAAGACAAUGUUGCACUUGCAGCCUGUUGGGGAAUCAGCGAUCUGCACAAUGGUUCUCUGCCACAGGAACGAGACGAUGCUGAACGAGCUUAAGGUGGUGUGCCAGAAGACAGAACACAUCUUGCGGCUUACUCUAAGAGAACCAUUUGCCUUACUCGGAGGUGGUUGUACCGAGACCCACUUAGCUGCAUAUGUCAGACACAAGAGCAAAACCGAAGAAGCAUCAGUGUUAGGAUGCUCGCAGGUCGAGUAUCUUUGUGGCGUGGACGCGUUCUGCCGCUCUCUGGAGUCCGUUGCCGGCGCGCUGGAGCACGACGGUGGGGAUUCAUUAAUCGACCUGACCCGCGCUCACCACUGGACUCUGCCCGCGGACGCCAUGAAGGAACACAUGGAGGGGAGUCUGGGCUUCUGUGGCUGCGGACUGGUGGGAAGUAGCCCAAGUGAGCGGUGGACGUAUCUGAACACUAAUUACACAGACUUCUCUCCCAAAUCCAUUUUUGGAGAUACACCAGCGCAGGCCCGCGUGCUGGACUCCUUCACAGCCAAACUUGGCGCGUUGCAAGUUGCUGUUGAAACUGCUAAUCUUGCACUUGAUGUGAAAUAUAUCAUUCAAGAUGUGAACUAGCAACCUCCUGGUUCGUGAUCAGAAUGAGGAUGGAAAGCUGUUUAUUUUAUGUAUCUCACUCACGACUGCCUAAGCUUCUGUCUUAUGAAUGUGGAUGUAUGACUUUGUCUAUAAUAUUAUCAAGAAUACUGACUAAACUCAUCGAACUGUCACCCUCUCAUGAAUUCAUAAGCCAUGCAUUAUCGACAGGAAAGUCAUGUGGAGUUAAAUUAGAGUCAUUUCUGUUUAAAAACACAGGCGUUCAUCUUCUGCUGUUCGCUCUGCCCUGACAAAGACAACAGGUUGGUGCUUUUUCUCUCAAAAUAUAAAAGGCCUGUUGAAAACUGUGACAGCCUUUGAUUUUCUCUGUGUGAAACC